CUUUGUGUUCCGUGGAGGCACGUUUGAAAACGCUCCUUUCAUCUCAGGUUUCAUGUGGACCCUACCCUCGACAUUUCCGGAUUAUUAUCUCAAUAACUAUUUAGUCGCCGUUACAUUUAGAAUGUAUUUAAUUAGCUUGUGCUGAUGUUUCCAGUUUUCUCUGUCAAGAAGAUCUAGUUAUUCAAGCGAACUAUGCUCAGAAAAGUUAUGACUCCCGGAUUUUAAUUUCACUUAUUGCUUUACCGUGGCAUGAUGCCUGACCGGUCUUAUAGUCAGGCAAAUAGUUCUGAUGACAGUCAUGUAAUCUCAAAUACGACCAGCUUCUGUGAACUCACUGAUCAUGUGUGUGCUGCUGAUAACAGUCUCAGUCGUCUUUCACCACCAUCUGCUACUUUUUUAAUUCAUGGAUCAGAAAUGCCUCAUCAUGCUCCUGCUCCUCCAGUCCGAUCUUCAAGUACACUGCGAAAAAAGGAUAAGACCGUUUUACCCCCAUCAAAGCCGUUGCCGACUCCACCAGGAAAGGAAGAGAAGAAAAAGAAAAAGAAGGUAAAAAUGUUCCGUUUUCCAAAAUUUGGCCGAUCAGAAAAGACUGAACCACAAAUAUCCGGUCCAACUGAAGUUACGCAUAAUCUGCAUGUAGCAUUUGAUAAGUCAACAGGCGAAAUUAAGGGUCUCCCAGCAUCAUGGCAAAUGCUUUUAACAGCAUCAAAUAUCCCGCGUACAGAACAAGAGAAAAAUCCAGAAAUUCUUCUCGGUGUACUUCAGUGUUUUGAUGAAUCAGCUAAACACAAAGAUAAAUAUAUGACAAAUGUAUCUGUUCUUACAAACUCAUCUGGUUCUGUUGAAUCAAUGAAUUCCAAUUCUCGAUCAUGUUCUGUUUCAUCACAAAGUAUGCCAAUGGUUCCUAGUCAUUGUGAUAUAAACUGUAUGCACUCACCAUCCUAUCCAUCAGCUGCAUUUAAUUCUACAACAUCAAUAUCUCCACCGAAUUCAGGUGAAGAAAACUUGAUUAUGUCAAUGGCUGAAACUAAUUUAACAGGAAUGGCUAUAUCAUCGAGUGGACUUCCAACAACUACACAUUCUUGUGCUGGUAGCACUAGCAGUGGUCGUGGUAGUAGUUGUACAACGAAUAGUGGAAGUGUUGGUGGUCGUGGUGUAAGCGGUGGUGUUCCAAAUGGUUUAAGUGCUGCAAGUUUAGUAGAAUUAACUUCAAGUCAUUCACAUGGAUGUCCAUUAGGUCCUGGAAGAAGAACAAGUACAGGCGGUGCAGUAUUUCUGGGUAGUCCAACACGUGCAUUUGGUGGUGGACGUGCAAGUGGUUCAACAAUACCUGAAAUGUCACCUUCACUUGGUGGUAAUCAUAGAGGUAUUAGUGAUACAGGUGAUAUUGCACGUUCCGGACCGAAUUCUAUGAUAUCAUCAGCUAAUUCAGGAACUCUAACAAAUGGACAACUGCUUAAUCAUAGUCGUCAUGCUAGAGAUACAAAUUUUGUUGGUGAUAAUCAUAAUGGUCAUGCUGCAGUUUCUGUACCUAUUCUUCCAAUUACAUCUGGUGUUAGUCUGGGUGGACUAAGUAGUAGUCGUAGCAGCGGUUGUUCCCUAUCCUGUUCAGGUGCUAGUGGAAGUGUUAGCAUAUCUGGUCUAGCAAAUUCUAUCAGUAUGGUUGGACAUUUAAUUAAUGGUACAAAUAGUAGUAGUGGAAGUAGUCCAACAAGUGCACUUCCACCGAGUAUGAUGCUACCAUCAUCACAGUCAACUUCAGCAUAUAACAAUAACAAUAAUAAUAAUAAUAAUUGUUGUUCAUUUGGAUCUUAUCCAUCAUCCUCAUCAUCGUCGUCUCCACCACCGCCGCCUGUUCCACCUCAUGCAACAACAGCUGUUAUAAGAAAUUUAGAAUAUUCUGAAAAUUCUGUAAAUAAUAAUAACUUUGAUAUUGGUGGUGUUAAAGAAGAAGGUACAUUAAGACAUGCUUCUUCAUCAUUUAAUAACAAUAAUAAUAAUUCAAUUCCUCCUCAAUCUCGGGAAGAUUUAUUGGUUCCUGAAUCGUGUAUGAUGGUCGGUGGUACAUUUUCUGAUGAUGAUGAUGAGGAAGGCGAAGAGGAAGAUGAAGAGGACGAUGAAGAAGGUGUAGUAGUCGAGGCUGAAGAGGAAGAAGAAGAAGAAGAGGACAGUGAAAUUGAUGAACAAAGUGAAUUAAGCAAUAAUGAAAUAACUACAUCUCAAGUCACUGUUGAAUGGAUGACAAGCAGUGAGACUGGAAGUAAUUUACCUACACCAAUGACAAUGUCAAAAGAAUCUGAACAUGCUAUUAUAAACGAAAUUGCUGACAAUCGAAAUGGUGGAAUGACUUCUUCAAAUCGAACAAAUUCUUCACCUACUACAGAGAAUGUAACUACUAUAAAUACUGGUAAAGACAAUGCAACAGUAAAAGCUCAACCAAUAAAUUCUGAACGAAUGAUUCCACCAACUGUUCCUGUAAAACCACAAGGCUUAACUCAAGUAUUUCGUACACAACAACAACAGCAGCAACAAGCCAAGAUACAGCCUUUACUCGUCAACAACUCUGCUGCACCACAUCAACUUUAUAAAAAAGUUGAUCCUUCUGUGACUGCUUCUACUACUGCUACUGUUAACACAACAUCAACUACUACUACUACUGCUGGUGUUGCUGUCACUGCUACGACUACUACUACGGCUACUGCUGCUGCUGCUACAGCUGUUGAAGAUGUUGUAAAAUCUACUACACCAAGUGCACCAAGACGUCGUACAGGGAAUCAUCGAUUAACAGAUCAACAAGUACAUGAUAAACUAAGAGCUAUUGUUAGUAAAGGUGAUCCAUAUAAGAAAUAUCGUAUGGUAGAUAAGAUUGGACAAGGUGCAUCUGGUGUUGUAUAUAGUGGAUAUGAAGUAGCCACUGGUAAUUUAGUGGCUAUUAAACAAAUGAACUUAGCUCAACAACCUAAAAAGGAGUUGAUUAUCAAUGAAAUUCUAGUCAUGAAGGCUAAUCGUCAAGCAAAUAUUGUAAAUUAUCUUGAUAGUUAUUUAGUAUCUACAUCAGUCCCUUCCAGUAUGGAUCCUCAUAAUAAUAAUAAUGCUAACAAUAGUCUGAAUGGUUCAAAUCAUAAAAAUCAACAAAAUCAUAAUGAUAGUCUUAAUUCAUCAACGCAUAGCUCUGGUAAUUCAUCAUCAAAAGGCGAAGAAUUAUGGGUUGUAAUGGAGUAUUUAGACGGUGGUUCACUGACUGAUGUUGUCACCGAGACGUGUAUGGAUGAAGGACAUAUUGCAUCGAUAUGCCGAGAGAUUUUAUAUGCACUUGAAUUUCUACACGCCAAUCGUGUUAUUCAUCGUGAUAUCAAAUCAGAUAAUAUUCUACUUGGUAUGGAUGGAUCUGUAAAAUUGACAGAUUUCGGUUUCUGUGCACAAUUAAGUAAUGAUGGGACGAAACGUUCCACUAUGGUUGGUACACCGUAUUGGAUGGCACCAGAAGUUGUUUUACGCAAACAAUAUGGUCCAAAAGUUGAUAUCUGGUCAUUAGGUAUUAUGGCUAUUGAAAUGGUUGAUGGGGAACCACCCUAUUUGAAUGAAAAUCCUGUUCGAGCUCUUUAUCUAAUCGCUACUAAUGGUAAACCAGAAAUUAAAGAACGCGAUCGUCUAUCAAGUACAUUUCUUAAUUUUCUUGAUCGUUGCUUAGAAGUUGAUGUUGAACAAAGAGCUACAGCUAUUGAAUUAUUACAACAUCCAUUCAUCUGCCGAUGUGCUAAACCCUUGAGUUCAUUAGUUCCAUUGAUUAAUUUAGCGAGAGAACAAAAAUAA